CGAGAGGCUACGAAACUUUUCUUAUCUUUUGCUCAAAUGCCCCUCAACAUCUACCCGGCCUCGCUAUAAAUACCAGACCGACACUCCCGGGAGGCCAAACAAAGAGGAACCAGGAAAGCAAAAGAAAAGCGACUCCACUACCUACAUAAUUUUCCCUUAAGAUGGCAGCCAUCCCUCUUCUGACUCCACACAAGAUGGGCAAAUUUGAUCUUUCUCAUAGGAUUGUUUUGGCACCAUUGACGAGAUCAAGAUCUUAUGAUAAUGUUCCACAACCACAUGCUAUCUUGUACUACUCUCAGAGGGCCACCAAGGGAGGCCUCCUCAUAACCGAAGCCACUGGGGUCUCGGAUACGGCCCAAGGAUAUCCAGAGACUCCUGGAAUAUGGACAAAGGAACAGGUGGAAGCUUGGAAGCCAAUUGUGGAUGCUGUCCAUGCCAAGGGUGGGAUGUUCUUCUGCCAAAUCUGGCAUGUGGGGAGGACUUCUAAUUAUGGUUACCAACCUAACGGGCAAGCACCGAUUUCUAGCACAGAUAGAGGGAUCAAACCUGUAACCCUUCAUGAUGGCACUAUUGAAGAGUACUCUCCUCCCCGGAGAUUAAAAACUGAGGAAAUCCCUCAUGUUGUCAAUGAUUUCAGACUUGCUGCAAGGAAUGCUAUUGAAGCUGGCUUUGAUGGAGUUGAAAUUCAUGGCGCACAUGGCUACCUUAUCGAACAAUUCAUGAAAGAUAGCGUCAACGAUCGAACUGAUGAAUACGGUGGGAGCUUAGAGAAUCGAUGUCGUUUUGCUUUAGAAAUAGUCGAAGCAAUUGUCAAAGAGAUCGGAGCAGAUAGAGUUGGAAUGCGUCUCUCGCCCUUCGCCGACUACAUGGAGUGUUGGGACUCAAAUCCUGAAGCCCUUGGGCUUUACAUGGUUGAGGCACUGAACAAGUAUGGCAUUGUAUACUGCCAUAUGGUUGAGCCUAGGAUGAGCAUCGUAGAUGGGAGGCGCCAAAUACCUCAUAGGCUGCUUCCAAUGAGGAAGGCUUUCAAGAGAACUUUCAUUGCUGCCGGAGGAUAUGAUAAGGAGGAAGGAAAUAAGGUUGUGGCAGAAGGUUACACUGAUUUGGUGGCAUAUGGUCGCUGGUUCUUGGCUAAUCCUGAUUUGCCUAAAAGAUUUGAGCUCAAUGCUCCUCUUAACAAGUAUGAUAGGUCCACAUUCUACACACCAGAUCCUGUUGUUGGGUACACAGACUAUCCAUUCUUGGAAUGCUCCUAUUAAACUUCAUUAUUAUAUAUGGAGGAAAAAUAAUGAUGAACACUUUGUGUUUAUUUUCAUUUAUAGAAUCUUGCAACUUAUUCCAUGAAAAGUUAUAUUUAAACUGAAUUAUUGGUCAA